AUGCUGUUUGACGCUCUAAAGAGAAAAUUCCCUGAUCUGACCACGUAUGGUGACGACCUAACUCAUGAAAGGAGCAUGACGGAAGGAACUUCUGACUCCGAUGUAGUAUUUCUCUGGAAGAACAAAGUAUCGGACAAAGGGGAAAUAUUUCCUGAGGUGCAAUUGUAUCCAAGGAUGCCAGAACAGUCAGCUCCUUCUCAAGCUCUUCAAACUUACAGGAUUGCUUACGUGACAACUAAGCAACAACUUCGUGACGUAACUGCAGAGCGUGACAAGUUGGAUCAAAAAGUCCAUACCCUUAUGGAUGAGAAGAAUCGUGUACCUAUGCUUCAAUAUGAGAUUGAACACUUGAAGAAACAAAUGGUAACUCAAACCGAGCAGUAUACGCGAGAUCUUCAGUGCCAUCAACACAAGACCACUGUUAAGCGGCUGACUGAACUUCCCUAA